AUGGCCGGCUGCGAUCUGCUAUCCUUUUUGGACGCCUACUCUGGUUACCACCAAAUCAAGCUGGACCCAGCCGAUCGGCUGAAGAACGCCUUCAUCACCCCUUUUGGCGUCUUCUGCUACAUCUCCAUGACAUUCAGCUUGAGGAACACCGGCGCCACCUUUCAACGCUGCGACAAGCUGAAGUACACGCUACAGAUUCACUUUGCCGCCUCCAACAAUGUGGCCGAGUAUGAGGCAGUCAUCCACGGACUGCGGCUGGCCAAGGAGAUCGGCAUCCGCCGCAUCUUGUACUACAGCGACUCGGACCUUGUGGUCCAGCAGUCCUCUAGCAACUGGGACACCAAGGACGCCAACAUGGCCAGUUACCGCUUCCUCGUCCAGCAGAUCAGCAGACACUUUGACGGGUGCGAGUUCAUCCACGUGCCACGGGCCAACAACGAAGAAGUCGACGCCCUGGCACGGAUUGGCUCUACCCAGCAGGCCAUUCUAGUCGGCUUCUCCCUCGAGUGCUUGCGCAAGCCGUCUAUCCAACCUCCACCAGAAUCAGAAUCCAUCUUCAUGCCAGCUGACCCUAGAGUAGCCAUAUCCAGCUUGGGGACUUCAGCAGCCUGCCCGGGGACUUCUGCAGGCGGCUCGGGGGCUGCAACACCCAAACCCGGCCCGAGGAUUCCAGAACCCGACCCAGGGACUUCCACGAUGCAACAAGGAGCAGACGGCUCCAACCCGCUGCCUCCCAACCCGGCCACCCCAACGCCGGUUGCUGUCACGACAGUGGUGGAAGCCCCGUCUUGGGCGCAGCCCAUCCUCAACUUUCUGGUGAGUCGCGAGCUCCCAGCCGACGAGGUCUUGUCCCGACAGGUGCAACACCAGGCGGCUGUGUACACGAUCAUCAACAGAGAGCUCGUCAGGCGCAGCACGACUAGUGUCUUCCAGCGCUGCGUCGAGCCGGAGAAGGGAAUUGCUAUCCUCCGAGGCAUCCAUCAAGGUGAAUGUGGUCACCAUGCCGCCUCCAGAGCCCUCGUUGCCAAAGCUUUCCGCCAUGGUUUCUUCUGGCCGACUGCUCUGGAUGACGCCAAGGAGUUGGUCCGGAAAUACAAGGGGUGCCAGCGUUUCAGCACCAAGCAACACCUGCCGGCUUUAGCACUCAAGACCAUUCCCAUCACCUGGCCAUUUGCCGUAUGGGGAUUGGACAUGAUCGACCGGCUUCACACCGUGUACGGGGACGAGGCCAUCAUCCCAACAAAUAUCGAGUUCGACUCGCCUCGCGUCACCCUGUACACGGAGGCAGAAGCAAAGGAGGCACACGAAGACGGCGUCGAUCUUCUCAAAGAGGCCCGGCUGCUAGCACUUAGCCGGCCCACCAUCUAUUAG